GCAACUGUUUGGAAACUGACGGGGAAACCCUUUAUUACGUCAAUUGUCUUGGAUUUUCAGCGGGUUGUCCUGACAAAGAUUAUCAAAGCAAUACAAUAUACCUGUAUCCUGCUUGUCAAAGCAUCAAUACAGAAAAUAAAUGUUUUCUUGCUGAAUCCUCAUGUCCUAAUAUCUCAUGGAGCACUGUUACCAGCAACACAUCAUUUGAUAUCCAAAUAACAACACCCGGGCCUCAAUAUGAAUCAUCGUAUGCAGCAGAGAUUGCAGGGGGUCUGACUGCUGCAGUGUUUAUACUUGCCGUUGUUUUGACAAUUGCUGUGGUCCUUUGGAGGAGAAUGAAGAAUAAAAAAAAUAAGGAACAAAAAGACAUACCAGCUGAAAAUGAGAUGCUGUUGCUAGCGGAGACGACACAAUCUCAAGUUAAUGCAACUGAGCAGAUUGAUCACAAUUCUCAAGAACAGAUCGCAAACAAGACAGAUGAGCAAAGUGACAAAAAUGCACAAGAUCAACUUGGCAACAGAACACAAGAGCGAACUGGCAACAGUACGCAGAAAAAAAUUGACAACAACACUCAGAUUCACGGAGGGAAAGACGGGGAAAUUGAAUCUACUUCCCCCUAUAAGCUACCACGGGGAGCUACUGAUCCUGAUUAUGAAGGUACCACACAGACAUUACUUUUCCAAAACUUAUUACUACAUACAGGUCGCCCAAUCAACAAGUACAUAACAAAUAUGCCGUCAUCGACAAUCUCUAUUCGGAAUAUUUCCGAACUGUUUACCGACAUGAAAGAAAAGCGUUCCUAA